AAGAAGAGAGAGAGAGAGCGAGAGAGAGCGAGAGAGAGAGAGCGAGAGCAGGCAGGCAGGCAUAGCAGAGACAGUCAUCUGCUGCCUGGCUUUACAGUGCACACAUCACCGCUUUGACCGCUGCUUUCACUAAGAAAAUCCACAUUGGAGAUUUUUCUCCGACUUUUCCGACGCACAAGGCGCAUGCUCAGACUAACGGACGGUGCAGUUUUAUUCAGGAACUCAGAGACACUGAAAGUUUUUAAAGAUGACCACUUCAUGGAGUGACAGACUGCAGAACUACGCAGACUUGCCUGCCAACAUGGACGGCCUGACAAUGAAAAAAUACAGGAGAGAGCCCUACCACAGAGUGUUUGUCAACAGAAGCUUGGCAAUGGAGAAGAUUAAGUGCUUUGGCUUUGACAUGGAUUACACUUUAGCAGUGUACAAGUCACCGGAGUACGAAUCACUAGGCUUUACGCUCACAGUGGAGCGUCUGGUUUCCAUUGGUUACCCCCAGGAGCUGCUCAGCUUCGUGUACGACCCAUCCUUUCCCACCAGGGGCCUUGUGUUUGAUACCAUGUAUGGAAACCUAUUGAAGGUUGAUGCCUAUGGUAAUAUCCUGGUCUGCGUCCAUGGAUUCAACUUCCUCCGAGGCCCUGAGAUCCGUGAACGAUAUCCAAACAAGUUCAUCCAGAGAGAUGAUACAGAGCGCUUUUAUAUCCUUAACACACUCUUCAACCUGCCAGAGACCUACCUCUUUGCCUGCCUAGUAGAUUUCUUCUCCAACUGUGACAGAUACACAAGCUGUGAAACAGGCUUCAAAGACGGCGACCUCUUCAUGUCCUAUAAGAGCAUGUUCCAGGAUGUCCGCGACGCUGUCGAUUGGGUCCACUUCAAGGGCACUCUGAAGGAGAAGACAGUUGAGAACUUGGAGAAGUACGUGGUGAAAGAUGGGAAGCUGCCUCUUCUCCUCAGCCGAAUGAAUGAAGUAGCCAAGGUUUUCUUGGCUACCAACAGUGACUACAAAUACACUGAUAAAAUCAUGACCUACCUGUUUGACUUCCCCCAUGGCCCCAAGCCUGGUACCUCCCACCGGCCCUGGCAGUCCUACUUUGAUCUGAUCCUGGUGGACGCCAGGAAGCCACUGUUCUUUGGAGAGGGUACGGUGCUCAGACAAGUCGACACGACAACAGGGCGUCUUAAGAUAGGAACCUACACAGGACCUCUGCAGCAUGGGAUAGUCUACUCUGGAGGUUCGUCAGACAUCGUGUGUGACCUGCUGGGGGCCAAGGGGAAGGACAUAGUCUACAUCGGGGACCAUAUCUUUGGAGACAUCCUCAAGUCCAAGAAACGUCAGGGCUGGAGGACAUUCCUGGUUAUACCUGAGCUGGCCCAAGAGCUGCACGUGUGGACCGACAAGAGCUCCUUAUUCGAAGAACUGCAGGGCCUGGACAUUUUCUUGGCUGAACUCUACAAACAUCUGGACAGCAGCAGUAACGAGAGGCCAGACAUCAGCACUAUUCAGAGAAGAGUCAAGAAAGUGACACACGACAUGGACAUGUGCUACGGCAUGAUGGGUAGCCUUUUCCGCAGUGGUUCCAGACAGACCCUGUUUGCCUCCCAAGUGAUGCGUUAUGCCGACCUGUACGCAGCCUCCUUCAUCAACCUACUGUACUACCCCUUCAGCUACCUCUUCAGAGCUGCACACGUACUGAUGCCCCACGAGUCAACGGUUGAACACACCCAUGUGGACAUUGACACAGAGUCACCGCUGGCCACGCGCAACCGCACCCAAUGCAGCGACUGCAAAGACCUGGAGUGCAAACGUACCCAGCUGACCCGCUCCUUCAGCGAGAUCAAACCUCCCAACCUAUUCCCCCAGACUCCCCAGGAGAUCACUCACUGCCAUGAUGAGGAUGAUGAUGAGGAGGAAGAAGAGGAAGAGGAAGAGGAGGAGGAGGAGGAGGAGGAGUAAUAAUAAGGUGGACACUGAGAGGAGAGCCAUGUUCCUUCUCCUGCCUUCUUAUGUUUCCCAGUAGAGUUGGGUAGUGAUCUCUCUUUCAAAAUGAGGCAGGGAGGAAAAACAUCUCCAGUGUGUGUGUGUAUAUAUAAAUACUGUAUGCACACAAACAGACACACACACACACAUACUGGAGACUUCUGAGGAAAGUAUAAAGGACCAGUAGAGAGAUUAUAUGACUGUCAGAAGACUGUAUGCAUUCUAGGUCCUCGAAAUCCAACUUUUCCUAGCUUCAUUAUAAAGGACACUUAAUAGUUUUUAAUUGAUUUGAUUUCUGUAUUAGUUUUCCCAUCAAACGGACAGAACACACUCGCGUAAACAUCACACAAUUUUUUCAGUAUGUUUUGUAAGUUGACUGUAUACUUCAAUCCAUCAGAUAUGGUCAGUAAACUGUAGUUUUUCAUAACAGACUAGCCUUGGUGACACAGUAUACACAUUAUAAUCAGACGUAAAAAACUUUUCAGUUACAGUGUUGAAAAAAGAUGCACAUGCUGUAUCAAAACAGACAUGUUUUUUUAAUGCAACACGGGAACAACAUUCAGUUUUUCAUCUGUUUUGUUUAAUUUUGUCCGUUUUCUUGUCAUUACAGAGGAGUAUUUUGUUCCAACUUGUAUGUAAGGGUGUGUGUGUCUGUGUGUGUACCCGCCAGUGUAGACUCACUCAGACUGUAGCUUCCCGAGUGACGGUAAGUUAAGGAUCCGUUUUUCUGAAACACAGGAGCACUGAAGCACAAGCCGGCGUUAAACCGAUCAAUAACCAGAUGCAGUUUUUGUUUGAAGUCUGGUUGAGAGAACAUGUGCUACACAAGUGGCUGUUGAGCUGAUAUUUUGUUACCAAGCAACAAUAAGGGCAGAGUACUGUAACCGCAUUUUAUGCCGAUAGUCUCUAUGACAACCCUGAACGACAGUAGUGUUUCUGUAAAUAGCCAUCAGGUGAAUGUUUUUUGCCAUGUACUGAGUUCAUGGUUUAAUGCCACGAGCAGCUAACAUGCAGUAGUUUUUCAGCUUGGUUAUUUAGGAAGAUGCACCUUGAGUAUUGUGUUUGACUAUUUGGCUUUUAUUUUGAUAGGGGGAUGUAAAAUACCAGACAGUUUUGACCAGUUCAAGCAACUUAAAGACGUUUUGAAGUGAUUUUUUUUUUUUUUUGUCAAGUGUGUAAAAGGAGCGUGGAAGUGGCCUCUGUAUGCAAGGGAGUGAGGCUUUUUAGGACGUACAGUAUAAAGCACAGUUCAGUAGGUCUACCUGGCUUCAGACUGUGAUUAGCUUUGUUUAUCUCCUUGGGUUUGGGGCUUUGUUGGCCGUUUCAUUACAGUGUUGGUUCUGGCUGUGUUACUAGUUGAGAACUGGAUGAAAAUCUCCGAGCUUAAGCUCAUUGAAUUUAAAGCCCUUGAAAACUUGACUUCAAAUCUUAAGUAUUUCUUUAUAACAUUUAAUAUGCGCGAUUGAAUAAGCCACAUCAAUGUUUAAAAAAAAAAGUUAGAUAUUAUUUAUUAAACUGAGUUGUUGAGAUUAAAACUCUUAACAACUCAGUUUAUCUGCCUCAUCAGAACUGUGUGGGUGUGGUUUGAUUUCAGUGACAGUGAGUGCGUUUCCACCAAUCUGUUUUUGUGCUCAUUUUCAAUUUGUGUGACGAAAAAUAAAUAAAUAAAUGAAUAAAAACAAAAAAAGAACCCUGACUGGAAACACCAGGAAUUUGAAAAAUGUCAAAAUAUCCUAAAAAAGCUUUUAGAUUUUGCUGAGGUGUAAUGGAAACAGAUGUAGGGAAUAAAUUAUGAAGAACAUCAAGCAAGUGAUUUAAAUGAAGAGAUUAAAAAAAAUGCAGCAGACACAUAACUGGAACAUUCCUUAAAAUAAUACACAAAACAAUCACAAACACCAUUUUUUCAUCACGUUUUCCACAUCAUUUUUAUUCGUUUCAGAUCUGACUUCCGCUCUUCUCGCUGCGACUGCAGACCAAGUUCUGCAGAGGUUUAUUGGCACCCUACCGGAGAAUUAGCGCCACCAGUUGUUCUCAGUCUCAACGAGCCAACUCCUGAUAUUCACAUAACAGUAGUGGAUGGAAACGCACGUGAAUUUGCGUUUUCUUUUUGGAACUUUGCUCUAAAAUUAGAUGGAAACUUGGCACGUGACCAAAUAACCCACCAGCUGUCACCAGAUUUGAAUUAAGAUGUUGCUAAAUCCUGAUUGGUGCAAGGAAGUGUGUGACAUCACCUUUUUCUAACUGAGCCCCGCCCAAUGCAAAGUAGUUAGAGGAGCACAGAGGGGGAAAAAAAAGAAACUCAGAUAUCUAUGUGAAAUAACUGAAAGUGUUCAAACAGUGUGUUUAUGUAGGACUCUGUCGCUCAUGGUGAGAAGCUGACGGAGAACCUUAAGUUUUCAGAGCAGUUAACCAAGGGACAGAGUCACUGGCAUGUCCACGUGUCCAUGUGCAUCAGUAUUAGGUUGCAGAACGCCAAGAGAACUACCUGAAUUUCAGACGUGAUCGUUUCCGUUUCUUUUUUAACAUCCGCUGUAUCCUGUAGGUUACCUUUCCUCACCUUUUUAUAUUAAGGCAUGAUAUGUUGUAUCAGUCUUGUAAGUGUUGGCCUGUUCAUUUAGGCCACAAAAGGGAAGGAACAAGCCGUCUACUUUUUGCAUCAGUUUUCGUUUGGCUUGUUGUGGAGUGGAGAGAGGUGAAUGUGUGUAACUACAACUUUAUGUAACGAUUCAGUGGAUAAAACCUUGUAGGACAUUAAGAAACAUAUUACAGCUGUCUGCCCCCCCCUCCCCCACCCCUUUUUUUUUUUUUUUUUAACAAAGGAAACAUUUGUAUUUUUGGUUUAGAUCUUUACUUCUUGAACAUAAAAUAACUUGAUAUGCUACAUGAGGCAGCUGCAUUGCUAAUAAGAAAUAGUCGACUUGUCUUUUUCUUGCAUAAUAUGCGCAUGUCAAAAUAAGAAGCAUAUCCGUUCUGCCAUCGUGGUUAUGGUAGCAUUGGUUUCUACUUCAGUGUGGACUGCAUCAUUUUUAGGAAAAGCUUUUUUGACAUUUGUCGUCGUAGUGUACACGGGGAGGAAAAAAAACUCUAAACCUGUAAGAAGGGAAAUGUGAAUUGCGUGUUAAGUACCAUAACUAAAAUGUUACUUGCAAUCAACACCAUGAGGUUAUUUUUAUUUUUCUAAGCAAGUGUUUUUAAAUGGUCUUGGUUUACAAAACUGUAAAUAGACCUUUCCAUUUCCUUUUCUUAUUUUUUUUUUUUCCAAAUAACAUUUUUUUUUAAAUUUUUAUACUGUACCACAGGAGUCUGUCACUCAGACUUUGAACUAGCUAAAGCCUUGUAAACAGUUCGAGUGCUGUAGAAGAUUUUUUUCCAUUGUUUUGAUGCCCAGAACGCAUCCACAUUAACAACCGGUGCCAAACAGUCGCCUUUCAUUUUCUAAUCCAUAGUAAUCUUCUGUUUUUAUGCAUAUCAAUUUAUGUUCUUCUGAGCAUUGUUUUGUUUGUUUGUUUCCAGAAAUUACCCUACAGACUGUACAUUGAGGUAAAAUGACAUAAACAUGUAGAAUAA